UCAGGUAGGUCCCGCCCUGUUUCGUUCCGUUUGCUUCCGUUUAAGAAACGUUUUACAACAGAAUUGGCGUAAUGAAUAUGCCCCAGUUGGACCUACCCUCAAAACUUCGUUACCCAUGAAGCAAUGCUUUCAGCCAGCGCGUUGCUGUGCGUCAAGUCCAACCACUGUGCCAAGCGAAGAAGAAAGGGGGAGACGUACAAACUAGCUAAAACGAUACGCUUCCAAUGCAGUUAAAUUUGUAACGAAUAUUUUAGAAAAGAUAGGUCAACUCUGUGCCUGCUUGGCUCUAAAUCGCAACAACCUUUUCCCCCUGCCCCGGCUUUAGCGCACAUAGAUAUGAGCGGCAGCGGGCGGCCCAGGACCAGCUCGUUUGCUGAGCCUCCAGGGGCUCCCGGAUCCGCUUCAGCCGCCGCCGGAUCGUCUGUUUCCGGAGGGAGUUCUGCAGGAAAAUCUGGGGCUUCACAGGCCACAGGGAGCAGCUCGGCUGGCUUCGGAAAUUUGAAACUAGCCCGAGACAGUGGCAAGGUGACGACUGUGGUGGCCACACCAGGCCAGGGUCCAGACCGCCCACAGGAGGUGUCCUACACAGACAUCAAGGUGAUCGGGAAUGGUUCCUUCGGCGUGGUGUACCAGGCCCGCCUCAUUGACAGCCAGGAGAUGGUGGCCAUCAAGAAGGUUCUGCAGGACAAGAGGUUUAAGAACCGAGAACUACAGAUCAUGAGGAAAUUGGACCACUGCAACAUCGUCAGGCUACGUUACUUUUUCUACUCCAGUGGGGAGAAGAAAGAUGAGGUGUAUCUGAACCUAGUGCUGGACUUUGUCCCAGAGACCGUGUACAGGGUGGCCCGGCACUUCAACAAGGCCAAGACCACCAUCCCCAUUAUAUACGUCAAGGUGUACAUGUACCAGCUGUUCCGCAGUCUGGCCUAUAUCCAUUCCCAGGGCGUGUGUCAUAGAGACAUUAAACCCCAGAACCUGCUGGUGGACCCCGAGACAGCCAUCCUCAAACUCUGUGACUUCGGCAGUGCUAAGCAGCUUGUUCGCGGGGAGCCUAACGUGUCCUAUAUCUGCUCGCGGUACUACCGCGCCCCCGAGCUCAUCUUUGGCGCCACGGACUACACGUCCAACAUUGACAUCUGGUCAGCGGGCUGCGUGCUGGCCGAACUACUGCUGGGACAGCCCAUCUUCCCCGGGGACAGCGGAGUGGACCAACUGGUAGAGAUCAUCAAGGUUUUGGGGACUCCAACGAGAGAGCAGAUCCGAGAGAUGAAUCCCAACUACACAGAGUUCAAAUUUCCCCAGAUCAAAGCACACCCCUGGACAAAGGUGUUUAAGCCACGUACGCCCCCGGAGGCCAUCUCCCUGUGUUCCCGUCUGCUAGAGUACACCCCUGUGACCAGGCUGUCCCCCCUUGAGGCCUGCGCCCACGCCUUCUUCGACGAGCUGCGCCAGCCCACUGCCCGUUUGCCCAGCGGACGAGAACUGCCCCUCCUCUUCAACUUCAGCCCCGUCGAGCUGUCUAUCCAGCCCCAGUUGAACUCCACACUCAUUCCUCCUCACGCUCGCGCACAGACAUCACCUGCCUUACACGAUGGCAGUGUGUCGGACAGUACCACCCAGCCCAGCUCAGCACCUGGAUCCAUCAACAACAGCACCUGAACCCCCCUCCUCUUCUGUCCCCCAUUCACCCCGUAUUUCCACUUUUCCUCUCAACCCCAUCCUACUCUUCCACCCCCUCUUGGCUCCAAACUUCAAAAACAACUAUACAUGUACACAUACAAACAAAAAUACUCAAAAAAUCAUCUAUCCCUUGAAUAUUCCCAUUUAUAGGUGUAAAAAAUAUCAGUUAGUGGCAGUGGUCUAGUGACUGUUGGGUUGUAGAAGAUGGGUGAAUCUGGCGAAAGCUCUUCUGUAUUAUAAUCUCUGCUAAUCAACUUUUAUCCCUUAAAAAAAAGAAAUGUUUUAUUUAUUUGGAAGUGCAUUUUGUUUUAGUGAUGUAUGCCAGUGAAUGGGAUGCGUCGAAACUGAGGCCUGUCUCACGUUUCAGUUCAGACAGUUUACGACAAUCUACCGUUGUAGAGGUUAAAAACCAAACGGUCACGUGGUCAGUGGACAGAUCAGUCCCUGCAGCCAAUGGGACAACUCUGGGGAAUGUUGCUGUUCAUCUACCAAGACAUUACUCCCAAACCAAGUCCAAAGUGUUAAGUAGUUCUGAAAAUUGAAGAACCAUGUUUUUAUUUGUUUUUAUCAAAUUGGAUACCAAACAGCAGCAAAUUGAACUGGCCUUUGUCUGUGGCAUUUUAAAUUGGAUGAGGUGAUUUUAGAAGCUUUUAUCACACAGGUGAUUCAAAAAAGAAUCCAAAGGUGGGAACCGCAAGCUGUUUUAUUAAACUGUUUCUGAGGAGAAACGUUGAGGUGAAAGUCUUAAUGUCUUUUAUUUGAAUAAGAGGGACCUUUUUAAAAGAAUGGAAUGUACAUAUUCAGUUUCUAUAAGCUCUUGUCCCAGUCAGUUUAGCUGGAGACGUGUGUGUGUGUAGGUGAGAAGUAAGCUUUGCACAUCUCCAAAGGGGAAUAGAGGAGCCGUAGGGGCCCGCUGCACCUCUUGUGCAAUGGAGAAAUGCAACCUGUGUAUAGGGAGUGGUAGGGCUGCUCCAGUCACACCUGUACACCAAUGGCCAUAUAGCCGUACUUGAACCAAAGCUCUGUCACGUCGGCUUUGAACGUACUUGGCACUUUCACUCCUCCCAAUCUCUCUUGUUCUUCCUCAAUUCAGUCUAGAUGCACAAUUGCACUGCAUGUAGGGGAGAUCUGAAGUGUAAGUGUGCUUGUGUGUGUUGAAAUGAAUGUGUGUGUGAAUGAGUUUUGUGUGUGUUUGACUUUCGCUGGCCAUCUUCCAUCUCCAAAUCAACACACUGUAGCACUCUUGUUUUUGUAAGUCUAGAUCCUAACAGCAUCACAGUGAUUUAGCAUCAGUAAAACCUUCUCGUUUUUCUCCGGCCCGCCAACACAGACUUGCAUGUUCACCAUGCGUUAGAGCGACCACACCUGUUCUCCCUCCCCACUCAUCACCACACAAUGAUGAUGGUUUGAUCAAAAAUACCCGCACCAAAACAAUUCUAAUAAUCCCCCAACCACUUCUGGAGCCUUCCGUUCCUCUCUCUCCCACUCUCUCCUUCCCUCUCUUUCUCUCACUGCUAAACUGUAAAUAUCAAGUACCUUUUAUUUUAUUUAGUUUUUUUUGUUAUUAUAUUGUUCUUGUAAUUUCAUUUUAUUUUGUCUAGCAGAGGAGAGCUGGCGUAGCAGCGACCAGGCUCCUUCUCCUCAGUCUGUCUGUAAAUACAAUUUCAUUUCAGUCCCUGGCUCAGGGGGGAAAAAAACAGAACAAAAUGUUUCUCUCCUUUUUAUUCUCUCUCCCUCCAUUCCUCUCUCGUUGCCUUUCCCUUUCCCCCAUAAAUGUUAUGAUCAUUUUAUUUAUUGUAUUUUGGGGGGGUUUAUUUUAAUUCUCUGGGGGCGGGGGGGGGGAGUCGUCGUCUGAAGGGUUUGUUUUGUAAGAAGUCAUCAAUGCCCCAUGUCAUGCAAAAUAUUCCAACUUCCAAGAUACUGUACUUUGAUCCAAACAUGGGGGAGUGUUUUCAAAUAAAGGUCCUGUAUUUGCAAGUACACAUCCUAGCCAGUAAGUGGAACUACAGUGUUUUUUAGUUGUUGUUUUUUAUGUGAAGGGAUUCUCACAUGACUCUGCGUCUAUGGUAGUCUAGCUGAUGUCAAACAGUAUAAAUGGCUGAUCCUAUGUGGGGUUAUUGGUGAUAUUGCUGUAUCUGGGUGGGUUUGAAUGAGGGGAUGGGUGGGGAGGGAGGUGUAAUAUGUCCCAAGACGGGUCCCUUCUCCCGUGUCCCAAAUAAGUGUUUUGUGUAAUGGGUUUAACCUAUUACUUCUGUCUGUGUGAGAUUACAUGAAUGAGUGAUUGAAUUAAUGAAUGGAUGAA